CACGAAACACGACAUCAGGAAAAGUGACAGGCACUUCACGAGCAGUCGAGAAGGCAUGCGGGGCAUCUGAUUGGAUGCCCCUCCCGACAGACAGGAGGACAUGAAGUGGAAAAAAUCACAGACAGCCGACAGAAGGCUUUGGCGGCACAACACAUGUCAUUCCCUGGCACCCACCCAGCUAAGCAAGGGACCAGAUCAUCCCCGUCUGUCGUGUAAUUAAGUACCUUGACUGAUCGUCCCUCAUGAGAUCACGCGCCCGCUCGAGAGCUUCCUCAAUCACACGUCUCUCAGUGCUGCCCUUGUGAGCAUACCGGCUGCGCGCAUCUGCGGCCAGCUGAUCGAGAUGCGUCUGGAUGACAUCGAGACGCCUCCCAAAUUCCGCUGCGCUAGGUGGUGGUGAGCCGAUGGAAGUAUUGCUGUGCCCAUUCUUGGCUCGGAUGCAAAUGAAGCCCAGGUCAGCCAGCAUGUCGAUCGACCGCUCCAUGACGAAAAGGUCCUUCUGGCAGUAGAAACGCAGGCUGUGCAUGCACAGGGCGAGCAGCUCCUCGAAAGACCAUGACCGCAUUGCAACGUAGAGUCUCUGAAAAUGGAAACACGCACACACGCACAUACGUUCAGCAUUGCAUGACUGCUUUCCCCCCUCUUGUGCGCACACGUACCCCGCGGAUUCUGACGAAGUGAUGGUGGAGCUUGUUCCGCACGAUGUCCUUGAAGAGCUCGCUGAUGCGGUCGAUAGCGCUGACUGCUGCAUGGGGGUCGUUGACUGACGAAGUCAUGACGCGGACGGCGAUUUCCGUGAUCUCACGAACUGACCGCAGAUCGAUGAAGAAGGCAAGAGUGCAUGUAGCCAGCCGUCUCGUCUGGUGUGGUCUGUCUGUCCGGCUGGCUGGCCCACCUCCGAAUGAGAUGCUCUCGCCACCGCGAUCUUCACAACUCACACGAAGGGCCCGGUUCACCAUCCUUGUCACACGGUGUAACUGCUGUUUAUUCACACGCUCGACACGCUUUACAUCACUCGCACUCGCGACUGCCUGCAGACUUGAAGUGUCGACGUCGGGAUGCACACGAACCCAUGCCUAGGCACAUCAAAUAAAGGCAUACGUGUGUGGUAGAAACGAGCAGAGCCACACUUCACUUACCAGGACUGUUCCUUCUGUGACAAAUGUGCCCAUCAUGAUGCGACGGUUGACGCACAGCUGGAGAGGGGGCCGCUCCUUCCGCAGCUGAUGAGCCAGCCAAUGUAAGUCGGCCGAGCAGAUGUAGCCACUGCGCUUGGCGAGGAUGAUAUCUCGAUGUCCGAGAGCGAACUCGUCUAAUGGUUCGAUCUCAUCGCUCUCUCGCGGCGGCUCGAUGGUUUGCCGUUUGAAGGAAGUCGCACUCUUCUUGAUCCAUCCCGUGAUCUCCAUAACCCAAUGACAAAACCCCUCCUCAACCGACCAAUUGGCCUCGCGAAGUGACCGCUUGUUCUCCUGGACAAUAUUGCGAAGGAUGUGCUGCAGAUGAAGGCCGCACAGAAAGCUGAGGACACGAAGAACACAUGGACAGGAAACCGUAUCUGCUUGGUAUCACACGCCUGCAUACUUGUGCAUGAAGAAAACCAACAGCCACAAGAACAAGAUGCUAUCUGCAAAACAAAGGGCACGCAAACCUACUUGCGGCAUUGCGUUUGUCCUCUCUGCUGCUGGUUGCUUACAGAGGCCCAGAACAUUGACGGCCAACUCAGGUGUAAACGGAUCUUCCUCCUGCUCGUCCGGAGCCUCGCCGCCGACGAAGAAGAUGACAGUCAUGCAAUAGGCAAAGAAGCCAAUGAAGACGCUGCACAGACACACAGGGACCGAUAAAAAUAAAAGGACAAGUAUAUGAGAAGACCGGCCACUUUCUCUCUCUUCUGCCUGCCAAUGAGGCCACUCACCUGAGGCAGCGGACAUUCGCUGAGCUUCGCAUGUAACUGUUCACCAGUCGAGGGGAGUAAUUGGAAGCGAAGAGCUGCAUGGCCAGGAUGGUCACCGAGAAUGUCAGCACCACCACGUUGAUAGAUGUCGACCCAAGCAUGUUCAAUAGCGCACGCGCACGGCUGACGUCCCGCGUGAUCCACUUAUACCCUUCCUUCCAGGUCUCCGUCUCGUGCCAUCUCUGGUUGUCGCGCAAGAGUAGCGGGCCGGGGAUGCUGGUGUCGUUGAGGCGCUCCAGAGUCAGCCUCAGAGCGAUUGGUUGAGCAAGCUGCCUCUUAUACCACCUCCAGUGAUCAUUGCGGCAGAGGGCGAAGGCGAGCAUGACAUUGAGAAUAAUCGAUAACUGAAGGGACACCACAGGACACACGCAGCGAGGGAUUCAUCAAGUGAGGGGAGAAACACCUGCCCAAACCUUCAUUCGGCUUACGAUGGGCCAGAGGAAGAAGCGCCGAUAAUGGUGUCGAAAGCGGUUGUCCGCACGCUGCACGAAAGUCAUGAGGAAGAGAACACUGAACACGGCAACAUAGCCCCAGAGAAGGUAUUUGAAGGUUUUGGAACGAGGGUUCUCCUCCAGCUCAGCGGUGAGGGUGCUGUUGAAUUGACCGUCAGUCAUCCAUUCAUCGAAGCCCGCCAGUGUGGGUCGAUCAGAGGUGUUGUUGAGCGGCAGCUGGCUCAUGCCGAACUGAUAAAUCUGAGAGCCAACACGCGCUGAGAGAGGGGGACUCCAUACAGCGGGGAAAGCGUGCAGCGGGGACUCCAUCUCACAUCACCAGCGGCAGCAGUGGACCGUUCCGGACAUGCGCCUGCCAAG